AUGGCCGGCGAGGACCGCCUGUCCGGACUCCACGACGAUCUCCUCCGGCGCGUCCUCCACUUCGCCCCAGCCAAGGAGGCCGCGUCCACGACCGCGCUCUCGCGGCGUUGGCGCACGGCGCUCUGGCGCUCCUCGGGCGCCGUGAACCUCGAGACGUGCGUCCAGAACUACAGGCACGGACUCUACAGUAGUACGCGCGAUGAAGCCUUCUACUCGGGCCGUGAUACCUUCGUCUCCGCGGCCUUGGCGGCACUCGACGCCGCCGACGGCGGCCACGUCAAGAGGCUCACCUUACGCCUGUCUGACCGCGACGACACAGCGCUCGACGAUUUCCUGAACCGCAACCGCCACAGCUGCUACGAGGAUUCCGAACACAAGGUGGUCGACGUCCUGCUCUCCCACCCCGCCGCGCGCCGGGCGGAGGAGUUGAGGCUGGUCGCUGAAGGACAUAGCAGCGAAGCUUACGAGGACAGGGAGAUCUGCUGGAGUCAGGUAGGUGUCUAUAGGCUCACCCUCGACUUCCUGCCGCUGGAGACUCUCCGUGUGCUGGAACUCACCAACUGCAAGGGCCUCGGCGUGCCCAAGGCCGCCGCCGCGGUCGCGCUCCCGCUGCUCUCGUCGCUGCGGCUGCGGCAUUGUGUUCAGAGCCUUGGCUCCCUACAGUGCAUCAUCGACGCCGCACCGGUGCUCUCUGCCGUCUGCCUCGAGUCUGUACAGAUAGACGACCACGACAUCAAAGACUACUACUACAUCGAUGACAACGGGGAGGAGAUCGAUCCCCCGCUGCCCAAAGAAGAUGGACUCCUCGGCCUCAGUUGCCCAGCCGCCACCCUGCUCGUUCUGGAGAGGUGCAUGUGGAAGAAAAAAGACUACAUGCCUCACCGCAACCGCUCCGACAAUGAGAAACCCGUUGCCCUUGUCGCUGCGGAGAUCCACGCGCCGAGGCUGCGUAGAUUCAGGUACAAGGGGCUUCUCCGGCCGUUCUCAUUCAGUCCACAGCCGCCGGAGAUGGAACAAGUGGACCUCGAAUUUUUCCCGGACACCGACUACAGGAACAAUGAUCCAGACCGUGAUCUACUAGCGACCUUCUGGCGACUCGUCCGGAGCUUCACCAGCGCCAAAGACAUGAAGCUAAGCAUAAAGCUUGAGGCGAUAGCUGUGGUCAGCAAGGCGAGGCAGGCCGAGCUUCUGCCCGCCUUCUCCAGCCUCAAGCGUCUCGAGUUGCAUGGAGUGCAUGGGGAGAAUGUCAAGAAGGCGGCCCUGGGGAUCGCGAAUCUGCUCCGUUGCUGCUCCGUGCUCCGUGACCUCCGGAUCAACCUCACCACAGAGGACCAUCACACCUCCAAAAACCAUGAGCACACUCGUGAAUUCCUGAAAAGGAAAUUCCGAUCUAGCCGCGACAACCCGGUCGAUCGUUUUGAUUGCGGCUGCGAUUCCGAGGAAGGACAUGAUGAGGCCAUCAGUAGUGUUGCAUAUGAUGAAGUUUCUGAAAUUCCUGCCUUGAGUCGACGCUCGUUCGAGUGCUUGCAGAGCUCACUGAGCAGAGUGGGUUUGCAAUUCCGGUUUGAGAAGUUGAACUGCCUUGGUGUCAAGCUCAUCAAAUUUUUCGCUGAGAAUGCCAUGGUUUUGGAAGAAAUUCACAUCGAUAGUGGAAAUGGAAGGUUUUGCCGGGACGUGCGUCGCAAGAUUGAAACUUGUAUAACGCAUUCAUCCAAAAGGGGAAAUCAAGAAGUACCAAGAUUUGCGGUGUUAACUCUUAAGAGAUGA